UCAGCUGGCAAACAAAGACAGGACCCUGGCACCCUGGACCCCUUGGUCUCCUCAGGAAUGAAGGUCAUUUCCAUCCUCAUUGUCUUCAUCUGCUUGACAAUCCCCACCUUCAGCAGCUUCUGGCAGUUCCAGAGGAUGGUCAAACACAUCACAGGGAGGAGUGCCUUCUUCUCCUAUUACGGAUAUGGAUGCUACUGUGGGCUUGGGGGCAAAGGGAUUCCUGUGGAUGAUACUGAUCGGUGCUGCCGGGCACACGACUGUUGCUACAAAAAGCUGAAGGAGAUCGGCUGCCAGCCCGUGUUGAAUAGCUACCCAUUCCACAUUGUCAACAGCACGGUGGUCUGUGGAUGUGCCCUGGGUGGCAACUGCCUCUGUGGGCUGAAGGCCUGUGAGUGUGACAAGCAAUCUGUGUACUGCUUCAAACAGAGCCUGCCCACCUAUGAGAAAAACUUCAAGCAGUUCUUCUCCAGCCGGCCCCAGUGUGGCAGGCGGAAACUCCGGUGCUAAGGAGGCCACGGUCCCCUUGUCACUUAGCAUCUGGGCUAAUGUCAUUCUUUGGGAAGCCACCUCCCACCAUCUCUGACAGGCCCCAUUACCUGCAUCUUACCCUUCAGUACUGCUGCCUUGAUGUGUCUUCUCUCUCUGAACCCAAGAGAUGAGGAGGUGACAAAUGAAGCAAAAUCCCUACCCUGAAGUUCGGCGCUUAUUCUGAUGGAGACAGACCACACUUGUCUACUAAGUAGACACAGUCUACUUAGUCACACAGUCGCAAAUUGCUGCAAAGGCAGAGAACAAGGGGAAGAGAACAGAAAUGCUGCCAGCCCCCUCCCAGGAAGGUUCUGGGAGGCGACAGGCUCCAGGAUCUACCCCAAACUCUCCUCCACCCCCAUUUCCACCUCCCUGUCAAGAUGCAGGGCAGACUGGGGAUUCAGGUCCACAGUACAGAUCUAGCUGUACUAGAGAUCACGGAAUAUAAGGUGUCGAGAGCUACACCUGGAGUUAGACUCUCAUUUGCUUGAGGUCUGCCUUCUGAAAAUCUCAGGCAGGAAAAAUUGAUGGCAUGUUCAUGUCCCAGGAGACAAGGCACCAUGAGAACAUUGGCACCCAUCACUGCCAUGUGGAUGUCAUGGCCAGGAAGACGUCAAGAGAUGGAGAAGGUGUGGGAGAGCAAAUCAGAGGGAUCCCAAACUUUCACCCAAAUUUA